AUGAAUAAUAAUGGCUUUAUUGUUUAUAUUAUAGGUACAACUGCUGCAGGAAAGACAAACUUAUCUUUAAAUUUGGGUCUCGAUAAUUAUGAGAUAAUAUCUUGUGAUUCUAUGUAAAUUUAUAAAGAUGCAAAUAUUAUGACUGCAAAAGUUACGGCUAUAGAACAAACGAUAAAAAUGCAUCAUGGAAUAGAUUUAUUAGAAUUAGAAUCUGAAGGUUUUAAUCGUAAAUAAUGGAAACAUAGUAAGAACUUUUAUGAGCUCUAUUUUAGUGACAAUUAACAAAAUAGAAGAGAUAUAAUCUAAAGGAAAGAUUCCAGUUUUAGUUGGGAACACUCAUAACUUUAUUGAAUCAAUAUUAUUUAAUUAAGAAACUGAAGAAAAUUAAAUUUAAUAAGCAGCAGAAUUUCACUUAGAUGGUAAGGAGCCUUUUGAAUAUUUAAAAGAAAUUGAUCCAUUAGCAGCUUUAAAAUUUCAUCCAAAUGAUCAUAGAAGAAUUUAGAAUUCUAUUAAAUAUUACCAAAAUAUAGGAUAAUUACAAUUUGAUUAAUUAGAUCAUAAUUCAGAAUAAUUUAAAUUAAGAAGUAAUAACUUCCUAAUAAUUUGGCCAAAAUGGAGAAAAAAUGAAGAUUUAAAGAUUAAAGUAACUGAAAGAAUAUAACAAAUGAUAGAAAAAGGAGGAACAGAAGAAAUAUUAAGAAUAUUUGAAAGAUUAGAGAAUAAAAAUAAUAAGUUAGGUGGUGUAUUAAAAGGCAACGGAUAUUGUUAAUUCGAAAAAGUUUAUUAGUAUUAUAAAUAAUCAGGACUUUAAUAUCCUAAUAUUGAUGAAAAUUUUUAAGUGCUAUUAAAAUAAGGUGCUGAAAAACUAAUUAAUGAUACGAUNA